CUUCUCAGAUGAGCGAUUCUGCAAACGUCGAAGUGUCCCAGGUCUGCCGAACUCUUUCCGUUGCCGAAAUACUCCGCAUAUAUUGGAAAAUAUCGUGCCGCCUGCGCCUGUCGGGCAUAGCUCUGCAGCGAUGGGUGGCCAGCCUGCUGGCCCUGGUGGUGGCUUGGUGCUCGGCCAUGCUCGUCGUGUGGCUGCACCAGCCGGCGUCCUUCUGCCAGGUGAUCGAGUUCGUCUGCCCCCUCACCGUACUUCUCAUCGUCUGCGCUUGCAUUGCUGAGGUCAACGUAGAAGGCAUCCGAAUGCUCAAGUGCAUCCGUCCCACCGAAGACAGACUUCAGAUGAUCAACUACAUCACGAAGGUACCGCUGCAACUUCUGACAUUUGGAUUCGCAAUCAGCUACGGUACCAUCACGACAGUCGUGCUGGGCGUGCUCGUCGCGUUCACUUCUCGUCUCAUCAUCGUCGAAAUUCAGGGUCACUAAAGGACUUUUUCGACGAACUCCUUCUGACCCAGGCGGUACAGAUGUACGUCUACAGGCCGUCCAUGGAACGUUAGGACAUCCUGGAGAUGUUCAGAAAGCACUGUGUGUGGCCAGGACACCAACGUUGUCAAUGUAUACAUCGUGUGGCAGGCUUGAACAACCGUGCAGUAUGGUGUCCCGGUCGUUCUAACCUAUAUAGGAAGACCAGCAGCAGCAACAAUAUAAAAGUCUUAUAGUGCAUAGCCACUAAAAGGGCCACGCUUGAGAUUAACGACAACUUAGUCACUUAGUCAAUGCUCGUUAUCUGAAACUUGAUGGGAAAUCGCCGGAAACGCUUUUCCAUCCUCCGGAAAUGUUGCAAUAGUCCCAGACGAAGAACAAGAAUACCGCCCGAGUUUCCUGGGAUCCGAUUUUGGUCACUGUAAGAGCGAGAGCGAGAUCCAAUUUGUCUCUCGCGAAACGAGCGAAGAUAACAUUCAUAGACGCUUUGUCGUCUGCUAAAACGAGCGAAGAACGCGGUUAGUCUGCAACGGAGCGACAGUCGCGCACUGAAAUAAAGCAAGAAAACGCCGUACGUCGUCUGCUAACAGAUCGGGAAAAAGUAUAUCGUCUGCUACGAAUCGAGAGCCACGGCGAAGUGAGGUCGGACGCGGGCUGAAAUGGGGAUCGUCUGCUGUUUCACGUUAGAGGCCGUUGACAAUACCCGCGCUCCUUUUGCAAACCUCAAGUUGCUCCGGUUCCGUAUAGAAGCUCACAUUGACCGGCAGAUGAGAAAGUACUAAGGACAAGCACGUCAAAGGCCGCGAGACCUCUCUUGCUAUUUGCAUGUUGGUGAGACGGUCUCACUUCACGUUUGCCCGAUUGUGAACCUGCAAAUUAAUCAGAAAUAUCUUAUUGGUUGACUACUCGCAAGCUGCGC